AAUUCUAUGCUAAUUUACAUAAAUAUUAAUCCUCCUAUUAUUAACCUUUUCAAUCAAACAGGGCUAUAAGAUAACCGUAUUGAUGAAAGUCACUUCUAAAAAAUGAUAAAUUAAAAGAAUUGUGCUACAAAAACACAGAACAAUUUACAAUUCACAGAAUUAUUUAUAAACGAGACACAAAUGGUGAGUAUGUAUCUCAUCAUAGAACAAUUUUGUGAAAUAAUUCUGUAGUUGUAGCUUUUCUUAGAAUAAAAAUUAACAACACUAGAAAUAUAAUCAAUCAGCUAUUGAAAGUUUCCACAAACACCACUCAUUUCCUCUCUUUCGUUGCACUCUGUUUUACCCCUCAUGGAAGCAACACCAAAUCCAGUGAAGGUGCAUGAGGUUUGCAGGGUGGCUCCACCGCCUAUCUCACCUGACUCCGCCGUCCCAACCUCUCUUCCUCUUAUAUUCUUCGACCUCUUCUGGGUGAAAUGCCCUCCCGUUCAGCGCAUAUUCUUCUUCGAAGCCUCCCAUCCAACUACUACAUUUUUGGACUCUGUUCUUCCUAAAUUGAAGCAUUCCCUCUCCCUCACACUCCAACACUACCUUGUGCUCGCUGGAAAUCUGACAUGGCCCCCAAAUUCCUAUAAACCAAUCAUCCAAUACAUUGAAGGUGAUGAUGCAGUUUCUCUUACCAUAGCCGAGUCUGAAGCUGAUUUCUACCAUCUCUCCAGCAACAGCUUUCGCAAAGUUAAAGAAAUACAUCCUUUUUUACCCCUAUUCAUAUCUUCUGACACACAAGCGCCGUUGAUGACAUUGCAAAUUACUUUGUUUCCAAACAAAGGGUUUUCAAUCGGUUACGCCGCACACCAUGCAGUACUUGACGGAAAAACUACAGCUCUGUUUAUGCAUUCAUGGGCUUCCAUUUGUAGGCGCGGCGGAGACUCAACUUUAACAGAGGAAGAAACUCCAUUCUAUGACAGGACUUCGAUUAAAGACCCCGAUGAUCAUGAGAAAACUUACAUAAACUUCUUGUUUGAGCUUAAUGGACCCAACAACAAAAGCCUCAUGAUAUGGGACAUGAAUGCUCCAACUGAUACAAUGCUCGGCACAUUCCAAUUGACACGGGCAGACAUAGAGAAUAUGAAAAGGAGGGUUAAGAACCAGUGGCAAGAGAAGCAAAAACGAGAACCAGCAAUUCAUGUAUCAAGCUUUACAAUAACAAGUGCAUAUGUAUGGGUUUGCCUAGUUAAAGCCAAAAAAAUAAGCACAGGGAAAGUUCAUCUCGGAUUCAGUGUUGAUUGCAGGGCUCGCUUGGAACCCCCUCUCCCUUCAACUUAUUUUGGGAAUUGCCUUUCGGGUCAACAAAUAAAUGCAGAUUCAAACGAUUUAAUAGGAGAAGAUGGGGUGGCCACAGCAGUUAAAGCAAUUGGUGAAGCUAUAGAAAGUUUGAAAGAAGAAGCUGUAAAAGAGUUUCAAGUGUCUAAAUUGUUUUCUAUAGACAAGGAUAGGUUAUUUACCAUCGGAGGCUCACCUCGCUUUGAGUUGUACAACACUGAUUUCGGGUGGGGGAGACCAAGGAAGGUGGAGAUGACAUCAAUUGAUAAAAGUGGAGCUUUCUCUCUUUCAGAUUGCAGAGAUGGUAAUGGUGGGCUUGAGAUUGGGAUAGUGUUAAAGAAACAUGAAACAGAAGCUUUUGCUUCUCUGUUUGCUAGUGGUCUCGAAGCUUGUUAAGGCCAUAAAAUUUGCAAUCACUUGUUAGGCUAUAAUAUUACUUGCAACCUAUAGCCCGGAAAUCACCAUCAAUUGUUAAUGCAUAUGUUUGACUUGAUGUUUGAAUCUUUCUGGUAGUGUGUGUUUUACUUGGGUAUAUAUGUCAGUUUCAUGUGAAAUAACAAAAAUGUUAAGAAUCCUAAUCAAUUCAUAGUUUAUCACAAAUA